AUGGAUAUGGCUGUCGGGCACUCCCAUGACGACGGCGCAUGUCCGUCUACCGCAGACUCGGCGACUGCCCGGCCCGUGUCGCAAUCAGAGUCCUCCUCCGUUGCAGAUUCAUGGAGCAUGAUCUACGGCGAGAACGCCGAAGAUGUUAACGUGACGCAUGUCAUAGGUGAGCAAGACAUGCACUGGGAGCAUGGGUCGGAUGAGGGUAUCGCAGUUCCCAAGGUCGAGCCUAUAGACGAGGACAUGCGGCUCGACGAAAUCAAGGAGGCGCCACCCACCCCUGUCCCAAGCAACACCAGUCCGACAUCAGCUCAGCCAAAAGCCAAGCGACCGCGUGGAAGGCCACGCAAACACCCACUCACCCCAGUUGUCUCCACCAACAAGAUCACCAAAGGGCGUUCCAAGACUGGUUGUCUCACUUGCAGGAAACGCAAGAAGAAGUGCGACGAGGCAAAACCCAGAUGCAUGAACUGUGAGAAAAAUGCUGUUGUCUGCGAGGGCUACCCCGAGAAGCAGAUAUGGAAAAGCGGAAAGGAGAAGGCUGCGGAAGGUGGCUUGAGCCUUGCCCAACCUCUGCCAGUGAUAACCAUGCAACCAAUAUUCCAUGGGCUUGAGAACGCAGAGGAUAUGAUUUUCUGGAAGCACUACCACGCUCAUCUGAGCACGGUUCUGACAGUGGAGGGCGAGCACAAGAACGCAUUCAAAGAUCUGCUCAUUCCAAUAGCCACUAAACACCGCGGCCUUAUGCACUCCAUCCUCGCCCUGUCAAGCAAGCACCUUGACUUCGAGACGCCAUACGGAGCCAAAAUCCUUGCUGACAACCCAAACACCAGUCUGGACGCCCUUCAACAGCGGUCUGACUACCACCACGAGAAAGCCAUGGAGAAGUUCUAUGAGGAUCUCGCGCGGUCAAGUUUGAAUUCGGACAGAGAAGACACCGAGUACUCGACAAUAUUAUCUGCUCGGUACGGCCAGAUGCUGUGUUUGCUUCUAGAGGCUCUUGCCGAGGGCAACCCCCGUGGUGAGCACAGGGUCCAUCUCGGAGGAUAUCAGCGUCUGAUCCAGCAUUCACCGCCCGAGGACCCGGCAUUUUUGAGCUUUAUCAUGGAGUUCUUCCAGUAUCACAUCUUCGCCGACGAGCUUGUCCGCUACCCAGACAUGCACACUCCACGACUGGCCUCAGAAGACUGGACGCCCAGCGUUUCCAUUCAUCCACCCCGGCUGUUAGGUGUUGCCGAUGGCCUUUUCAACUACCUAUGUCAAAUCACAUCGCUCAGGAACACCAUCAGGGCCAACAUGGCUGCUGGGGUAGAUCCAGCUGUCGAUUACACGGGUCUGUACCGAGCCGCCGAGAUCGACGCAGCGAUCCGCGACUGGACACCGUCGUGGCCUCCAGGUGACAGUCGAGACCGGGUAGGCCUUCUUUACAAACAGAUGAUGUGGGUUUACCUGUUCCGGACGAUAUACCCACCAUCGACUGUGUCCCCGACGCCUUCGUCGUCCUUGCCCCUGCUGCACAAUUCGUCUGUUCUCAUCGGUUCAACAAACACUCCUCCAAGAUCUGCAAACAACAGCUGCGCCUCGUCGCCAUCAAUAAGGCCGCGCACCUCCGCCUCGAACAUGCCACAUCAACCCAUCCGCCGGCACACCAUCGCCAACUACACCCUUUCUCAAGCGCCACCUCCGAUCAAGCACCACCAGCACACCUCCAGCAUGGAGUGUCACCAAUAUGUCGCCGAGUCCCCGCCGCCAGUCCGCCAGCCACCCAACUACGAUCCCCGUAUUACCCUCGCUGUCAACGAGUCCCUCAGCAUUCUCGAGACUUUCAAGCCAAGCGAUCCUUCUCAGAAACUUCUGCUGAUCCCAUGUCUUGUGAUCGGUACAGCUUGUUUCGCGCCUGAGCAGCAAGAGAGGAUACGGACGGCGGUGAGGACAGUGAAGGGAUACACGGGCUUGCGCAACACGGAGAGGGUCACCGAGCUACUCGAAGAAGUCUGGCGGUGCAUGGAGCGUGGCGAGUGGACUCCGAUUCGAGUCGAGAGGUCCAUGUCGAGCGAAUCAGCUUCAUCCUAA